GCCGCGCGGUGCCGCGGUGCAUUGUGGGGCCGCAAAGAUGGCGGCGCUGGGCGCGAGCCGGGCGGCGGCGGGCCUCCUGCGUGCCCAGAGCCUCGGGGGGUGGAGGGGCCUGAGAACCACGGCCGCCCUCCCACAGAUGCCCCAGGCCAAGUCCCAGAAUGCCAAGGCCGAGGGCACAUUCCAGGUGACGAUGCUCCCGGGGGAUGGAGUGGGCCCGGAGCUCAUGCACGCGGUCAAGGAGGUGUUCAAGGCUGCCAGUGUCCCCGUGGUGUUCGACGAGCACCACCUGAGCGAGGUGCAGAACACGGCGUCCGAGGAGAAGCUGGACCGCGUCGUGGACUCCAUGAAGGAGAGCAAGGUGGCCCUCAUAGGGAAGAUCCACACGCCCAUGGAGUACAAGGGAGACCUGGCAUCCUAUGACAUGAGGCUCAGGCGGAAGCUGGACCUGUUUGCCAACGUGGUGCACGUGAAGAGCCUGCCCGGGUACCAGACCCGGCACAACAACCUGGACCUGGUGAUCAUCCGCGAGCAGACCGAGGGCGAGUACAGCUCCCUGGAGCACGAGAGUGUGAAGGGGGUGAUCGAGUGCCUGAAGAUCAUCACCCGCGCCAAGUCCCAGCGCAUCGCCAAGUUUGCCUUUGACUACGCCACCAAGAAGGGCCGGGCCAAGGUCACAGCCGUGCACAAGGCCAACAUCAUGAAGCUGGGGGACGGGCUGUUCCUGCAGUGCUGUAAGGAGGUGGCAGAGCUGUACCCCAAGAUCAAAUUCGACACCAUGAUCAUCGACAACUGCUGCAUGCAGCUGGUGCAGAACCCGUACCAGUUUGACGUGCUGGUGAUGCCCAACCUGUACGGGAACAUCGUGGACAACCUGGCGGCGGGGCUGGUGGGCGGCGCGGGCGUCGUGCCCGGGGAGAGCUACAGCGCCGAGUACGCCGUGUUCGAGCUGGGUGCCCGGCACCCCUUUGCCCAGGCCGUGGGCAGGAACAUCGCCAACCCCACGGCCAUGCUGCUGUCGGCCUCCAACAUGCUGCGGCACCUCAACCUGGAACACCACUCCAACGUGAUCUCGGACGCGGUGAAGAAGGUGAUCAAAGGCGGCAAAGUCCGGACUCGGGACUUGGGCGGUUACUCCACCACCUCCGACUUCGUCAAGUCCGUCAUUGACAACCUGCACCCCCACUACGGGGCUUAGGACCCCCGGCAGCCCCCACAGCACCUCGGCCCCCAAACCCCUCCCCAGCCCCCCCUGCCCCGGCCCAGUUGCCCCAGUCCCCCCGGGGAGAAGGGGGGCUCCCCCUGCCCAGCCCAGUAACCCCGUCCCCCCACUCCCAGUUCCCCCAGUAGGGAUGGCUCCAUGAGAGGCCGGGGCGGAUGUCGGGGUCCAUUGGGGUGAUGGGGGGGACAGGGCAGUGCCCCAAACGCACAGGCAGCUUCCAGGGACAUUGGGACCACCAGUACUGUGGGACCACCAUUCCAUGGCCCCUCGUGACUAUGGGACCACCAUUCCCAUGGGACCCCCGUCACUGUGGGACCACCAUUCCCAUGAAGCUUUAAGCAAUAAACGGGACCACAGGGCUCCCCCACCCUCCUUCCCCCCCCCCCCCCCCCCCCGUCUGCUGCUGGCACAGGGACAGGGGGCCCUGUGGCUCCUGGGACCAGCAGUGGUGCCACCCUGGGGGUCCUGGUGGCUCCUGGGACCAGCCCCAGUGUGAGCCCAGGGGUCCCUGUGGCUCCUGGGUUGCUGUGGGGUGGGUGCUGGGCUGUGUCAUCGUGCUGUGCUCUGUAACUCUUGCUUGCUAAUAAAGGGUCCAACGCUUCCCUCCGGCCGGGGGGUCACA